GCGGGGCCUGGCGGGACGGGCCGCGCCUCCACCGGGACAGGCCGCGCUCCGGGGCCUCGCGCCGCCGCCCCCGCCCCGGGGCCGAGCCGCUGCCGGGCCUGUCCCACGGCCUGCAGGGCAGCUGCUAUGGGGAUCCGGCGGGGGGGCCCCGCCCUCCCGGUGCGCCCCGGCGGGGCUGUCACCGGGCGAAGUGCCUGGGGCCCCGCGGCGGCGGUGGCGGCAGCAGCGGCGAAGAUGCCCGACCGCGACGGCUACAACAACAGCAGCAGCGGCGAUGAGGUGGGCGCCAACGCCGACGACAUCUGCCGCGAUUUCCUGCGCAACGUCUGCAAGCGAGGCAAGCGCUGCCGCUUCCGGCACCCCGACAUCAGCGAGGUCACCAACCUGGGCGUGCGCAAGAACGAGUUCAUCUUCUGCCACGACUUCCAGAACAAGGAGUGCGUCCGGCUCAACUGCCGCUUCAUCCACGGCACCAAGGAGGACGAGGACUGCUACAAGAAGACGGGGGAGCUGCCCCCCCGCCUGCGGCAGAAGGUGGCCGCUGGGCUGGGCCUCUCGCCGGCCGACCUGCCCAACAGCAAGGAGGAGGUGCCCAUCUGCAGGGACUUCUUGAAGGGCGACUGCCAGCGGGGCACCAAGUGCAAGUUCCAGCACCUGCAGCGGGACUACGAGUACGAGGCGCGAGGCAUGGCCACCCGCGAGCAGGGCAUCGUCCCCGCCGUCCGCCGCUACGACCCCUACGACACCAUCUACGACUCCGACCGCUACGACGACCACGACCCCGUGCUGAAGCGGCGGCGCGUGGACGGGCUGCAUUUUGAGACCUAUGAGUACAGCUUCACCAGCCCGCGGACGGUGGAGUACCGGCUGCUGGAGGAGGAGAACAUCAUGCUGCGCAAGCGUGUGGAGGAUCUCAAGAAGCAGGUGAACAACCUGCUGGCCACCAACGAGGUGCUGCUGGAGCAGAACGCCCAGUUCCGCAACCAGGCCAAGGUGAUGACGCUGAGCUCCACCGCCACCGCCACCGAGCAGACUCUGGCCCCGACGGUGGGCACUGUCACCAACUACAACCACAGCAUCGCCCAGACCCACACCACGCUCAGCAGCCAGGCCCUCCAGCCCCGGCCCGUUUCCCAACAGGAUUUGGUAGCUCCCGCCGGAGCCCAGGCGGCUCCCCCUGCCAACGCCGCUCCCCCCCUGAACCCCGAAAUCACCCCGCUCUCGGCCGCCUUGGCCCAGACCAUCGCGCAGGGCAUGGCCCCCCCUGUCUCCAUGGCGCCGGUGGCCGUCUCGGUGGCGCCGGUGGCCGUCUCGAUGGCGCAGCCGCUGGGCGGGAUCACCAUGAGCCACGCCACCACCCCCAUGGUGACGUACCCCAUCGCCUCCCAGAGCAUGAGGAUAACGGCCAUGCCCCACUGACCCCCCCGGUGCCGCGGGGGGAUGGCGCAGCCGCCCGGACUGCGGCCCCCCCGUGAGACUGAGCCCCUGGGGGAUACGGGAGGAGGAGGAAGGGCAGAGGCUCCCCAGCCGGUGGACAGUGGAGGCAGCUCCCGCGGGGGCUCUUGCCUGGUGGGGGUGCUGGCAGCGUGGGAGUGGGGCGAGCGGUGACCCCCACCCCACCCCGGGGCUUCGUGCCUCGCUCCAGCAUGCACUGCAUGGGGGGGUGGGGCUGCUCCCUGCAGAGCCCCGCCUAUGGACACGCCCGCCCCGUGCCAGGUCUGUGUCCCGGGGGGGCACUGGGGCUGCGGCUCCCCUGGGGCCUGUAAUGUUUUCAACCAUUAAAAAAAAAAACCAAACAACCAAAAAAAAACCCCAAAAAU